AUGCCGCAGCCGGAGCGCCGGCCUUUGGCCGCUUCGGUGGAGGAUGCAUUGCAGGAGUUGCAGAGGCAGCAGCAAGUCGCAUGGCAAAGCUUCUCAAUGCUGAAAGAGCAGCAUAAGCAGUGGCAGCAGAGUGUGGAACAGCUGAUGAAGCAGAUCGAGCUGGCACCUGUGGAGGAGCCGAACGGCUCGAAGAGUCCAGCUCGCGUGGAGAAGUCCUAUGAGCUCAAGUCUGCCAGCCCUUCCAUCGACACGCACCUCCAGCUGCACGAUACGGAAGGCGUGAUGGAGGACAAGACGUUGGAUCUCUUGAAAACAGUCAAAUUCUCAGAGAGAGGGCCGUUGAAGAAGAUCGUCGAGGAGGUGGUGAAGGAGGAGAAAGCUGCACGUAGGGAGAAGGCAGAAAUGGACAAGUGGGGCCACGUCGUGAAGGCGAUCACCGACAUUGUGAGUUCACGGUGGUUCGAAUACUUGACGGGUUUCAUCAUCCUCUUGAACAUGGUUACCAUCGGGCUGGAUGCAGAGCUGUCACUGCACUCCGACUUACCCGGAGCUUACGACACAGAAUGGAUCAAGAACAUCGAGCGAGGUUUUCUGGCAAUCUACACUGUGGAACUGGUUCUUCGACUCGUGGGCGGCGGCGUGAGGAUUCUUACGAGCUGGUGGUUCCUAUUGGAUGCAUUCUUGGUGACCGUUGGCCUGCUCGCGCUUGUGAUUGUUCCGAUCGUGGGCAGCGCCGAGCAGGACGCCGCACUCAGCGGCAUCGAAAAGAUCCUCGUGGUAAGAGGUGGCCAACAUCUGCUGGCCUUCGACUCUUACGACUCGUGCGAGCGCUGCGCAUGA